CAAGAAGAUUCGCUUAAAGGCACAGCAGCAGUUUACAUGAUGGCGGACUCCAGCUCGUCACCGGUAUCAAAUGGCUUCACAUCCCUUGGCCGUGCUUUGUCGCACACAAAACUGGACCUCGUCGAACCGACAGAUGGAUGUCACUCACGAAGUGUUCCUGUGCAUCCGUGCCGACUGAGAAGGUUAACGAGCUGGAACUCGACUGAAUCGAUUGAGCCUCAGAGUUCACCUUCAGAAGCUCACGUCCUGGUGAUCAACACCGGAGGAACCAUCGGCAUGACGCUGCACGACAACGUGCUCGCCCCACAGGCCAACGCUCUCGUGAAGAGCCUGUCAAAGCUGCCCAUCCUCCACGACGAGAUGUACGCCCAGCAGACGGGCCUGUAUGAAUACCACAAUCCCAACAGAACCCUGGUCCUGCCGUUGGGUAAAGACAAUAAGAGGAUCGUCUACACGGUUUUAGAGUACGGCCCUUUGCUGGACUCGUCCAAUAUGACCACGGAGGACUGGGGUCGCAUCGGAAAGGACAUCGAGAGGAACUACGAAAAGUACGACGGUUUUGUGAUCCUGCACGGCACAGACACCAUGGCUUACACGGCCUCGGCUCUGUCCUUCAUGUGUGAAAAUUUAGGCAAACCCAUCAUUCUCACUGGGUCACAGGUGCCCAUCUAUGAAAUGAGGAAUGAUGGCAGAGGAAACCUGCUGGGGGCGCUGUUGAUUGCUGGACAAUUUGUUGUUCCUGAGGUGUGCUUGUAUUUCUACAACAAACUGUACAGAGGGAAUCGUGUAACCAAAGUGGAUGCUGGGAGUUACAACGCGUUCUCUUCUCCAAAUCUACCUCCUCUGGCUACGGUUGAAGUUGAUGUUACAAUCAACUGGGACACAGUGUGGAGGGCAAACACUACAGCGAAGUUUCAGGUUAGCACGGAUCUGAACCGGAAUGUGGGGCUGCUCAGGCUGUUUCCAGGCAUCACUGCUGCUACUGUGAAGGCUUUCUUGCAGCCGCCCAUGGAGGGUGUGGUCUUGGAGACCUACGGCAGUGGAAAUGCACCGGAUAAUCGUCCUGACCUGUUAGCGGAGUUGAAGAAGGCCACAGACGCUGGCGUUAUCAUCAUCAACUGCACCCAGUGUCUGAGGGGAUCUGUGUGCAUGUCCUAUGCCACUGGCAAGGUCUUGAUGGAUGCAGGGUUGAUACCGGGUGGGGACAUGACCCCUGAGGCUGCUCUGUCAAAGCUGUCAUAUGUUUUGGCCAAGAAAGAUCUUGAUUUACAGGGCAAGAAAAAGAUGAUGAGUCAGAACCUGCGAGGUGAGAUGACUGCAGACAUAGCUGGAGCCAAGAUGUGUUUGAGCGACAGCCAUUUUAUCCAGGUCAUUGCCAAGUUUCUGAGCGUCAGCUGCAAGGAGGAGCUGGAAGCCAUCCGGGACGCUCUCACCCCCCCGCUGGCCUGUGCUGCUGCUAAGAUUGGAGACAUAGAGGCUUUAGAAGCACUACAGGAAAUGGGGAGUAACUUGUGUCUCGCUGACUAUGAUGGACGCACGCCCCUCCAUAUUGCCGCUUCUGAGGGUCACUUCAAAGUGGUGCAGUACCUCCUGAGUCACGGAGCCACAGUCUAUGCUAAAGAUCGAUUUGGGGACACGCCUCUCUGCAAUGCUGUACGAUUUAGGCACAAGGACGUGGUGAAGCUGCUGAGAAAGACCGGGGCCCACUUCAACAGGGACAAGUUGGAGGAGGCCGCAGAACUGUGCAACUUGGCGGCCAGUGGUGACUGCGAAGGCCUUGAAUUAUGGAGCAUUGCCGGAGCAGAUCUGAAUAAGACGGGCUAUGAUGGACAGACAGCAAUCCAAGUGGCUCAAGCUGCUGGCAAAGAUGGCGUGGUAAAAUUUCUAAUCCAGCUCAUGAGUACAAAACACAAGAUAAUUUUUGGUGAAAUUAAUGAGUAUGAUGAUGAUGAUGAUGAGGAUGAGAGCGGCGGGAUGAUCAGAUUUACUGCCUCUCCGACAGGACCGUGAGCUACGUUGCCCAAACCGAGAGAAAACAUCCUCUGUGUCCUCAGCGCACUGUCCACUCUUACAUUAACGCUGCUGAAACAAAAAGUUUCUAUGGAUUACUGGAUUUCUGGAUGUGAAUCGUACCACCAGAAUAGACCAAAUAAAUGGCGCCUGGAAGUUUCCAGAAGAUGCAGUCACAGUUCCUUCUGUUCCCAAACAUUGAUUCACAAAUUAAGUGUUUGAGGAACUGAGGACAACUUGUUUAAGUGUACAACGGACAGUGUUACACUGACGCGGUGUGUUGGUGUUUUUAAUACGUCUCACUUUAGAAAAUGUUAUCCACGGUUAGCAUUAGCAUACACCACCAAGCUAAUUGUAGGAAAUGCUAACGGUGAAUGACACUAGCUGUAGUUGAUGUCAGUGCUGUUACUAUGAACACGUAUGUUAACCACUGUUAGCAUUUUCUUUAAACUGGCCUGUCACUAAUAAACACAAAAUAGAAAAAUAUUUUUUUUUAAAACAACCAAUGUCAAUGCAGGAUGUCGCAGUACGGACACAAAGAUCAGUAUCGUGCCCGAUCAAGGCAGGUUUUUAAAAAAAAAAUAUCGGAAUCGUAUUUAUUGAAUUUAAAACAAGUCUACAUUCUGUCACCGUUCUGUUGAUAAAAAGCGGUGUAAGCCUGAGUGGUAGCCGCCGCUCUAUACGAUGCUAUUUGCUAGCUCAGCAGCAGCAUCGCAACACGCGACUCAAAAGCGUAUCCACGUUCUAUUUUGCUUCAUACACACGCCAAAUCUGUUAUGGAUGGAUGUCACAGCAGGCAGCACUUUCCUCAUGAUUGCAUGAGUUUUUCUUGUCACCCCGUAUUGUCCAAGCUGUGUACAGGCUGGUAGCCAGAGGGUGGGGGAGUUGGGCAACACCCCGUCCUCUACAAGACCGUUUUGCAUAUAAUAAUAAAUUAGGAGCAUGAAUGUAUUUGUAAGAACUAAAACAGUCAUCUCUGUGUUCUAGAUUUAGUACUACGUUGCUGCACCAAGUGAGGUUUAUAAGAGCCAUAUUAUGUAAAAAUAAAUAAAUGGAAACAUUAAGGAGCACCUUGGAUAAAAUUUGGAUAGAGCUACCUGCUCUUGUAAAGCCAAUAUGUAGACCUGGGUUUGAAUCCCACUCAUGCUAGCUGUUUGUAUCCUUAGACAAGACACUUAAUCUGCCUUGUCUUAGUCCUUCCAGCUGUGAAUGUGUACUGGCCGUGGCUGGGGAAGGAACCUGUGUUGCGUCCCGUCCAUGGGAAGACUCAUCAGUUUCACGCUACGGACUCUGGAGAUCUGUAGCAAGUGGCCUUUGGGCCUGUGUAGGGCUUAAUUGGAUAGAAAGUAGUGUUUUUCUUAGGCUCAUUCACACUCUGACCAUUAGCCUAGCAUUAGCUGACGGAAAGUUAUUUAUUAUUGAUCAACGCUGAGGUCCGCCAGACUCCACAGGUGCUAAGUUAAUGUCCGUCAGGCAGCGCUGAUGUUCGUCAUAGGCCCUGAAAAUUUUUCUACAUUCUUAAAAUCUUCAACUUUCAUACUAAAACAAACAGUAGAGCUACUGCUACUGCUAUGUCACGCCGCUAUUACACCAUUACAACUCCUCCAGCCUCCGCUGGCCAACUGACUGGACGCACCACCUCUGGAUCCCUUGGACAUGAACACAAAUGUAGAAAUGUGAAGGAAAAUGUAGAAUCUGUCUUGAUGAUGCACCACUAUCAAGCGACACAAUCAUAGAGUUACGUUGAGUUUAUAUAGGCAUCACGUCUCAAACGUAGAGUAUCCAGUCAGUUCUGCCAAGUUGUGCUACUGCUCUACGGCAUGC